GGCCCGAAGAUGGCUGCAGGAUCAGGCGCGUCAAGCGGCCAAAGUCGUGGUUUGCCUGUGGCUCUAGAGUCAACUUUGGACCGACGGUUUCAAGGAGUGUCGAACACAAUGGAAUCAAUUCAAGGACUAUCAAAUUGGUGCAUUGAGAACAAGAAAUACCACAGCCUUAUCGUGCGUUACUGGAUUAAAUGGUUGAGGAAAUCUGAGGCUUCUCAUCGGCUCAAUUUGUUCUACCUCGCCAACGAUGUCAUUCAGAACUGUAAGAGGAGAAAUGCCAUCGUCUACCGUACUGCCUUCGCCGACGUGCUCCCUGAGGCCUUCCAGCUGGUCAAUAAUGUCGGAGACUCUAAGGUGAUGAAUUCGGUGGACAGGAUAUUAACCAUCUGGGAGGAGAGGAGUGUGUACACAGAGCAGCUUAUAGCUGAGCUGAGGUCCAGUCUUGUCAAAGAAGAGUCACCUGCUGCUGUAGAGACGCCUAAAGCUCCAGUCAACCCUAAGGCUGCUCUUCAAUCUAAGAUUGUAGCCGAAUUUGUCCCCCAGGCUUUCAUCGAUCACCUCUCUAAGUACCACAGCUCUGUGGAGGAGGUGGCACUGAAGGAGAAACAGCUGGCAGCCAUGAGGGUGGAUGUUUGCAGCACCGAGGCCCUCAAGAGACUGAAAGAUAAGGCAGGAGGAAAGAGGCACUCCAAGGACUUUGAGGAUGGCAGUGCGAAGUUAAAGGAGUUUGUUUCCUUCCUUGACCGGCAGAUCAAAGGAGGGCCCCCUCUGUUGGAUGUUCUUGGCAACGCAGAUAUUUUCUACGAGAUGCAGUAUAAGGAGGUCAAGAUAGUUGCCAAUGCCUACAAGACGUUUGCCAACCGGGUGUCCCACCUCAAGCGUAAGCUGGACAGCCACAAGGCCACCUUACCAGACCUGGAUGAGUCGCCCAUCCCCUCGCCCUCGAUGGACGCCCCCUCUCCCAAUGGCUCAGAGUCCCCGUUCCAUGACCUGGCUGACCCAGACUCCGACCUGGAUGGCCUGGCCAUGGAUGAUGAGGCGGACAUCACUUUAGGGGAAGCACCCAGCCCCCUGUCCUCCCCUGGUGGCUCCCCCAAGCAGGGCUUCACCGUAGGGGAGUCAGACAACCGCGACGUGGAGGACAUGGAGCUCUCGGAUGAGGAGGCAGAGAACGUCAGUAUCAUAGUUGAGCAGCGAGUUGAAAGUCCCAUCCCAUCUCCAGUCCCCAUUCCUGUGCCUGUUGUCACACAGCCGCCACUGGCCACAGAGGCAAAGUCUGUUCCACAGGCCACACCCUCCCCAGCUCUCGUAACCCCUAUGACCCAUGCAACCAACAUAUCAGUCAACCUCGCCAAUGUGGACCUGGGUAAAAUUAGCUCUAUUCUCAGCAGCAUCACAUCUGUCAUGAAGAAACCAGGAGUGAGUCCAGGUGGUUCUUUGGUCUCCCCCUCUCCAGCCAAGACCAUCCCUCCUGCCCCAGUAACCCCCCAGGUAGCCAGCCCUCUGGCCAGCAUCCUGUCCAAAGUGGACAUGACUCCUGAGGAGCUCUUCAGUGCACUGUCCGAAUCCCAGGGGCAGGCCAGCGGGCUACAGGGCCUCUCCACUCGUCUGAACAGUCCAGCGGGAAACCUCUCCUCAAACUCCCCCAGUACAGGCAAGCUCUCUCCCUCUGCCUCCACCCCUACAGUACCCUCUCGAGGCCUUCCUCUCACCACCUCUACGCUCGAACCAACCCCAUCAGCCCCUGCAGUGGGGAACACCACCGCCGUCCCUCAGGCAGCGUCCCUUCCCCAGUCCACACUGCCUCUAGCCAUCGGCCCUCAUAGAGGGCUGGUCCUGGAGCAGGAGAAGGAAGAAAAACCUUCCGCUUCCAGCCUGGAGUCCAAGAUCCACAGCUUCCUGCAGGGUAAUCCUGGCUUUAAUGCCUUUAACCUGGGCUUGGCUAGCGUGGCCGUCCAAGCGGGAGGCAGCAACCUCAGCCCCUUAGCGUGUACAGAGACCAUGGGGGGCACUCCGGUACGGGACGAGGCCGGAGGAGGCACCCCCACCCUGGAUGAGAUCAUGGAUACUCCGGUAGGAGCAGAGCCCUUCCUGGCCAAACAAGGUCAGGUCUCUGGGGUUCCUAAACCAGAAGAUGGCAGCCUGUCUCUGUCUCCAACUGCCUGCCAUAACCAAGCCUGGCAGGAUCCCAACAACACUCAUGGCCAUUUAGGACUACGUCCAGGAGUGCCUAAUGGUCAAGGGUACCACCAGUUGCCUUAUGAAGGGAAGGAAGAGAUGCAUGGAAUAGCGCCUUCUCUCAGAGAGUCUGGAUUGGCCCAUUACCAGCCCAUCACGACACAGGUGUCAGCCCCAACCCUUGGGGAGGGGUUACUCAGUAACACACCAGGAGGGCCUCCGGCAGGGCCAAAUGCCGACGUGAGUGAAGGAGGAUGGUAUGGUAAUCCCUACCCAGAGGGACAGGCCCUGCAUCCCAGCAACCACAACAUGGCUGCCUCAGGUGCAGGAGAUGGCAAAACCCCCAUGUCAGGACUGUAUGCAUACCAGGGGGAGGGGCAGACGCAGCCCUACCAAACAAGGGAUCCUCAUGCUCUGCCUUUCCAACAGGGGGCCAACCCCUCAAGCUUCCUCAACAGCCCUCUGCCCCCCAUUCCCCAGCUGCCCCCACCGCCCUUCCCUGGGAUACCAGCCCCACCGCAGGACUACCAGGGCCCGCCCGCGUCUGUGAUGGUGCCUGUGGAGGGAACUUCACCAAACCCUGAGAUUGAGGAUGACAGGGCGGGCGUCCGUACAUUGGGUGGUCCGGUGAUUAUCAGUGACCCCUAUCACCCUGAUGACUUUCGCCGUCACCCAGAUGACCUCCACGGCCACUCCGAUCUACUCCGUCAGCCUGACAACCUGCAUCACCUUGACGACUUCCAUCGCCAUCCCGGGGACCUCCGCCGGCACCCUCACGAUCUCUGUCACCCAGACGAUCGCUAUUAUCACCCAGACGAUUUCCACCAUCUACCUGUAGACGAUCCUCAUUAUCCUUAUAGAGUCAGAGAGCGCCUCACUCCCCCCCUCUCUCCCUCAGAAGACCCUUACUACUAUAACUACCCUCUACGCAGCCCUUCCCCUCCAUAUGGUCACAGACACCCCCUUCCCCCUCACAUGAACCUGCACCACCCUGACCACAUGCCCCUGCCUCCCCAUCCUCUCCACCUAGCUCGCCAUCCACACCUGAGAGGCCUCCCGCGGGGACCCCCACGCCCACCUCUCCGUAGCCCCAUGUUCAGGGGGAAACGGCCUGGGCCUCCUUUCGGUGGACACCCCAGAGGUGGGGGACCAGGUGGUCCGUUCUUUCCCCCCAAAAGACCACACCUACCUCCACGGUUCUGACUUGUCAGCUGACUUGGUUCACAUCAAAUUAGUGCUUAGUCUACCGGAAUGUCAUUGAGGCAGGCGACGUGACACAUGGAGGGUGGAUAAGAAAUUAGUUGGGGAAAGAAGCUGAAGACUUCAGGUGUACUUUUAAACCAACAAGGGGAGCGGAGAAGAGGCCUGAGUAGGAAGGGGAAUAGAUGAGUACAUUUGAAGGAGAAGUGGAGGUGUAAAUUGGGAGGAUCUUAAGGAAUCGAAGAGAGGAUGAGUGAAGACGUAGAUACAUGGAUCUGGAGAAAGAGCGAAUGGAGAGGUCGGCCUGAACAACGGAGACGCAGCGGAAUAAAAGAAGAUAAGAGUAACCUGGAUGACUGAUAUGGGAACCUGUGUAAGGAGUGGGAAACUGCUGGCAUGAGUGACAAGACAACAAGGACUGAUAUUAUCUCAACGUCCACUAAACCAGGGUAAUAAAACCUUUAACACCGCCAAAGAAGUACUAAAUACAGGGAAGUUUCUCUGACACAGAUUCAUCCUAAUGGUCUAAAAUUCUAGCUCAAGUGAGAAUCUCUAUUGAAAAUGCUUGUGAGUCCAGGAUUAGGCAUAAUCUGUGUCUGGGAAAUCUCCCAUGUAUGACUGGCCUUGUGUUGGCCAUAAUUUAGUUGAGGAAAGUAAUUUUAUUUCCUCAGGUUUGUGAAACAAUUUAAGUCAAAAUACUGUACGUUGUUAUUCAAGCACCCUCUAGUGGUGCAAUGUCUUAUUUGAGAAGAACCACAAUGUUAUUGUCAAGGUGGUGGUAUGAUUGACUAAGGCUGCUUCCCAAAUGGCACCCUGGUCAAAAGUAGUGCACUAUAUAGGUAAUCUCGUUCCCAGACACUUCUGCCCAAAUGCAUGGAAGGUCUAGUGGACCAAUACGUCAAACUAGGCCUUCGUUAGCCAAUAAGAAAGACGUGAAACUCCCGGCGUGAUAGGCAUUGGCUUAAUCUACCAACCAAUCAUCUCCCACUACAGCUUCCCCCAUGUGUCUUUUGCACCUCUGUCGUAUCAGAGAGGAAGAGGCGAAGCGAAAGGUUUUAAUCCUCCCAAAAUCUGUCCAUGAAAAAUAAGCCCACAAGUUGAGUAAUUUUUGUAUGGAGGUAAAUGAGUGUCGAAUUUGGUCAACAAUAACAAUUUGUAUUGCUAAUUUGCUACAUGAGGCUUAUUUGAUCUAAUAUAAGUCUAGUAAUGGUUAGGUUGUUACGAAUGGCAUUUCGGCAACUUUGGGGGGAAAAAUGUUUUAACAUGGACACUGCCCUCACCGUUUUAACAUGGACACAGCCAUUGAAGGCUUCCACAAUUCCACCAUGGGUGGGGAAUCCUCUGAGCCAAUAAAGAUCGCCUCAAUGGCGCUAUAAUAACACAGCUACAAAGAUGAGUCCUCUAUCUAGCUCUAUGGCCUCUUCACACACUUAUCUCCUUUUUCAUUGGCUAGAAUGAUCCCACCUGAUCAGGCUUCCUCCCCCCCUGCCUUCCAUGUAUUUCCAUUGCUGGAGUGGUAUAUCUACUAUCUUGUCAAUAUAAUAGACAAUCUUUGGUUGUAUCGGUCUGAUGUCUUGGCAAUAAAGAGAUUGUAACUCUUAUUGGGAUAGUCCCACCCACGCGACACACAUCGACCACAGAUUUUAAUGGUGUAGGCUUUCUUCUCUGUGAAGCCAUUGGCUGGCUAGCUAGCUAUGUUCUUUGCUAAUUAGCGAGCUGGAAGUUCUGUCUUUGCUAGCACACUGGCACAAGUUCCUGCCCGGGUCAUGCCUCCAUUUGGAGCAACGCCUCGCGGUCGUGUGAUUCGCUAAAGUUAAAUGAUGACAAAUACUUUACUCAAUAAGUCACUCCCAUAGAAUUGUAUGAUCAUUCACACUAGGCCCACUUUGCAUCGUUGAUAUCCCAGGUUCAUAUGCGAUGUGCGCAAUAGCCUUGGAAUGAGGUUACUAUAAAUGGAAUAGGGUCCCAUUGGGGGGACAGCCUAAUGUAUACCUACUAAGCUCAACUGGCCAACUGGCUGUAUUGUUAUGACUGAUUUGCUGUGUGUAACCUUGUCCCAUCUCUUUGAAUGUCUCUUGAGGAGAGAGGUGAGGGCUGUGAGCGUGAGGAGGAGAACCAGAGGGGAGCAGAGUGGUUGAGAGACGGCUAAAGGACAUGCCACUUAGCCAGGGACAGUAAGUACAGCCAGAAUGAGUGAGCGUGGUGCCGCAAACACGAGGCCAGACAGGUUAAGCUCUCUGUUUCGCACACACGCGCGCACACACACACACAGUAUUCUACUUUGGAAGAUUCUGUACAUUUAAACCAUGUUUUUUAACUUCUCUAGGGUAGGUGAGACGCUAACGUGCCACCAGGCCAACAUCCGGUGAAACUGCAGAGAGCUAACAUUUUAAAUACACC